ACUAAUCAGAGAUAAUGGGAACUGCAGAUGCUGGAGAAUCCAAGAUAAUAAAAUGUGGGGCUGGAUGAACAGCAAGCUGUGUUCAUCCAGCCUCACAUUUAUUAUCCUCCACUAAUCAUCUGCUUAGUCCCGGGCUCGCUCCACAGUCUUUGCAGAUCUGCUGGCGUCGCAAUGGAGAGUGUGGGUUGUGUUUUGCUCCUGUUUCCCAUGCUGCUGGUUCUGCUGCCCUGGCUGUUGAAGCAGAGGGAGACGGGCAAGACAGCGGCUCCUCCGUGCAUUAGCGGCUGGAUUCCCUGGAUCAGGGCUUCUCUCCGCUUCGGAAAAGCUCCGCUUGAAUUUAUCGAACAAGCCAGAGCACAGUACGGAGCAGUUUUUACUGUGGAAGCUGCUGGGAAGAGACUCACCUUUGUUACAGACAAGGAAGAUUUUGAGAUAUUCUUUAAAUCUAAAAAUGUUGACUUCCAAGAGGCAGUACAAGGAGCAGUAUGGCAUACCGCUUCGAUUAGCAGAAAGAAUUUUUAUAAGACUCAUACAGCAGUCCAUGACAUGUUGAAAGGGAGACUGGCUCCAUCCAGAUUGCAUUUGUUCUCUGCUAAUCUGUAUAACGAAUUUUGUGAACAACUUCUGAACCUUGGAGCUGAAGGCACCAAUAAUUUGUAUGACCUUAUCUGGCAUAGUAUGUAUCCUGCAGUGGUGAACAACCUGUUUGGAAAAGGCAUGUGUCCCACUGAUAAAUACACACUUGGGGAGUUUGAAGAUCACUUCCAGAAGUUUGAUAGAGAUUUCAAAUUUGGUUCCCAGUUGCCAGAAUUUUUACUAAGGAUCAAUUCAACAGUUUUAUCUCUAGACCAUAUCUACUUCCUAAGAACAUUGUUGCAGCACCUUUUAGACACUUUGAAUGGGAACUCUACUGCUAAUUACUGUUUAUUGUUGCUCUGGGCUUCUCAAGCAAAUGCACUUCCAAUCACAUUCUGGACUCUUGCAUUUAUUAUUUCAAAUCCAUUUGUUUAUAAGACUGUUAUGAAGGAACUAUGUUCUGUCGUUGGUGAUCAAGGUGAUAAAAAGAUCAGACUGGAGGAAAGUGAUCUACAGAAGCUUCCAUACUUAAAAUGUUGCAUUUUAGAGGCAAUUCGUUUGCGAGCUCCAGGGGUUAUAUCUAGAAAAGUGAUGCAACCUUUAAAAAUUAAAAAUUACAUUGUUCCUUCGGGUGACAUGCUCAUGUUGUCCAUUUACUGGGCACACCGGAAUCCGAAAAAAUUUCCUGAUCCUGAGAAGUUUCUUCCUGAACGAUGGAAGAAGGCAGAUAUAGAAAAACAUGUCUUCUUGGAUGGUUUCCUGGCUUUUGGAGGAGGUAGAUAUCAGUGCCCAGGAAGAUGGUUUGCACUGCUAGAAAUUCAAAUGUUUGCUGCUCUUAUACUACACAAAUAUGAGUUUACUUUAUUGGAUCCUGUUCCAAAAGAGAGUCCACUUCAUUUAGUAGGAACCCAACAGCCAGCAGCUCCUUGCAGAGUUGAAUAUAAAUACAGAUGACCAAUACUUACUGCAAACCCAGCUGUGCCCUGUGUGACCAGUGUACUCAAAAGUAGUUUUAAUAACAUUUUAAAAUAAACUUUUUCUUUAAAAUAA